AUGCCAAGUCAACAAGAUACAGCAAUAAUUCGAGCUGUAUGUGUUCUUAAAAAUGGUGAAAAUAAUAAUAUUCAAGGAGUUAUACGUUUUGCUCAAAUGAUUGGUCUUAAUCAAAUGAAAAUAACAGGUGAAUUACAAGGUUUACCAACUGGUCGUAAACUUACUUUUCGUAUACAUGAAUAUGGAGAUUUAUCAAAUGGUUCUAUAUCAACUGGUAAUCGAUUUAAUCCUGAACAGAAAAGCUCUAGUUUAUCAAAAGAUCACACGGUGAAUGUCGAAGGUGAAUAUGGAAACUUACAAAUUACUCCAGAAGGUCAUGCUAAAAUUGAUAUUAUUGAUAAACGUUUAACUUUAUUUGGUCCUUCUUCUAUUAUUGGACGAUCAAUUGUAAUUACUGAUGAAAAAGAAGAAGAUUUUACGCGAAUAGAUACUGAAGAAAAUAAAGGAACAGCUACAACAAAUACUAAUCGACUUGCUGCUGGUGUUAUUGGUAUAUGUCCAUGA